AUGAAGUGUGUGACGCGUUGUCCGUCUCGUCUCCCCGGAGGUGCUGCCACCAACUUGAGCGGCGUCGAAGAACACGAAGACACCGAUGGCUCUACGCCAAAACUUAUGUCAAAGUUGCUUUCAAAUUCACAAGAUCAUUCGGCAGAUACCCCCGCAGCGAGACUGCGCGCUCUCAUAUCUAGCACGUCCUCUAAGCUCCCUCAGUCGACGCCUCCGCCGCCGCCGAAAUCACCAUCAUUGCUUGACUCUGACUUUGAAACGCCCCAUGUUGUCGGGCGAGACAAAUCGAGUGUCGCCGAUGUAAAACAGAUAUUUUCCCUUGCUUUACGUGAACCGGGCGACACUCCGCAAAAGACUCGGACGCGGCGUAACAGUAUAGACGGAAGUGAGGUGGAUGGAAGUCCCAUGAAGAGGCGUGACAAGGGCAAGCGCAAGAGCUUAAGCGACGAGGAAGUUGACAAUGACAACGAUAGCCAAGACACCGCCUCUCUGCUACGAGAGUUGAACCAAGCAACACCUCCAAUGGCUACUAGUACUCCUCAGCGAUCUAUGCAAAUGCCUCUGUUCUCUUCUCAAUCUAGUAAUUUACUUGAACACGAUUCUGAGAUGAACAGAAUGAUGGAAGCUAUCGAGGACUCAGGUAACAUGCAGAUCGAGAGCGAGUAA